AAAAGGGAGGACCGACGAGGGAAACGACGGCCGAGGAGGAACCCCGUUCUCGCUGAUCGUUCGCACAAGUGUGAAGCCUCUCUUCGUCUAUUUAGAUAAACCCCCGUAACGCCGCCACCGGAGGUCCAUUCGCCGGAGGAUCGAGCCUCGCCGCGCACGCCUCAAGAGAUGUCGGUCGCGCCUCCCAGCCGCUCGGCCGCCGGCUGGCCGCGCGGCGGAGCCGUUCAGUUUGGGAACAAAUACAUCAGCGGGCCCGCGAAGGCGCUUUCCCUGGAGAGGACCAUCAACCUGUACCCUCUAACCAACUACACCUUUGGAACCAAGGAGCCUCUGUACGAGAAGGACAGCUCUGUGGCUGCCCGCUUCCAGCGGAUGCGUGAAGAGUUUGAUAAAAUGGGAAUGCGGAGGACAGUGGAGGGUGUUCUCAUUGUCCAUGAACACCGGCUGCCUCACGUGUUACUGCUGCAGCUGGGCACCACUUUCUUCAAACUGCCCGGUGGAGAGUUGAGUCCUGGAGAAGAUGAGGUGGAGGGUCUGAAACGCCUGAUGACCGAGAUCCUUGGAAGGCAAGAUGGCGUGAAGCAAGACUGGGUGAUUGACGACUGUAUCGGCAAUUGGUGGCGCCCGAACUUUGAGCCUCCACAGUAUCCGUAUAUUCCAGCUCACAUCACUAAACCCAAGGAGCAUAAGAAGCUAUUCCUGGUUCAGUUGCAGGAAAAAGCGCUGUUUGCCGUCCCCAAGAACUAUAAACUGGUGGCAGCACCUUUGUUUGAACUGUAUGACAACGCUCCUGGAUAUGGACCAAUCAUUUCCAGUCUUCCGCAGCUUUUGAGCAGGUAUAGUUUAUGUCAUUGUGGAACGAGCCUGAAUUGAAAUGAAACACUUGUAUUUUUCUUUUCUUUUCUCUUUUUUGACUGUCAUUGGCUUAAUUAUAAACAGUAGGGUUGAAAUCAAAUAUCCUCGCGAGAACUGUCCAUACCAAGGAUUUGCUAUGUACAACCGCUGACAAAUCUGUAUACUCUGUAACUUUUCUAACAAAUCAAUCGGCUUGUAUUGUUCAUGUUUUGAAAUGUAACAUAAUAAACAUUUGUAUCAACACCAAUUAA